AUGACUGCCAUGGUGCAGCACAUUCAAGACCUCCCGAAGGCGCUACAAGACCCAGAGAGCCCUGCUACAAAGUGGAUCCUCAGCCACUCAUGUGAAGAGGAUGCCUCCAAGUUUCCGAACACAGACACUGCUUUGGACCUUAGCCAGGGUCAAGACCUCAAGUGCCUGCCGGAGCAGACAGCGAUGUCCAUGGUCUGUGCACAGCAAUGGAUAGUCAAGCAGUCCUUAAUGGGAGUUGUUAAGUGGGUGACAAAGAUCAACGAGCUGCUACAGUUUGUUGCUGGCUGCAUGGAUGCCCACAGCCCAGUUCCCUUCCGCGCGAACGACUUUCAAACUUACUUAGAGCGAUUCGCUGGUGGGGUGCCCCCACCCAAUCACCCGUCCUUCGUACAGUCACUGGCUUUUCCAACGAAUGCGAAGCUGAAGACUGCGGCUGAGACUGAGCUGCCGCUUUUGGAAUGCCUGCCGCUGAAAGACCCUGCGUGCUUCCCGCAGCACAAUGCCAAUCCGUUCGAGAGCUGCUCGGAAUGCUGCAACCUAAAGCGUGGCCCCAAUGGCCAAGAGCGCUGUUGGCAGUCUGGCUUCGACUUCGCAAGGUGCUGCAACGACCAGAAAGGCCAGGACAACCAGGAGCUCGAGGCGUCGGAAGCUGCAGCCAGCUGUCCCAACCCAGACGCAGCACUUCAGAAGAUCCUGGAGGAGGAGAAGCAGCAGAAGGCAGCCCUGUCCAAGGAAUUGGACCAGCAGAAGGAUGCCCUACGGCUCUGCCAAGAGGACAUGGAGCGCCAGGAUGCCUCACAGAAGGAGGAGAGCCAGAAGGCUUCGCAGGCCAAGCUGGAGUCGGCCAAGGCGGAAGCCGAAGGCUUGCAGGCGGAGAAUCUGAAGCUAAAGGAGACGGCGGAGGCUGCCGCAACAGAAGCUGAAGAUCUGAGGAAGAAGCUCGCCGCCUCAGCGGCCAACUUGAAGCAAGUCACAGCAGAGGCAGAGAAGCUGCAAGCUGCCUCUAAAACCGCCGCGGAAUCCGCCGAGGGCCUCAAGGAACUGCAGGCCCAGCUGAAGGAGAUGGAGGUGAAGUACCAGCAGCAGACCAAGAAACUUCAAGCAGAGUGGGAAGGCAAAAUGGCUGAGGCCAGCAAGAACAAGGAUGCAGAAAUUCAGAAGAUGCAGUCUGAGCUCAAGGAGGCUGCUGCUGCCAAACAGCUGAAGUCGGAGCUCGAGAAGGUCAAGACGGACCUUUCCAAAGCCCAUGAGAAGUCCAAGCAAGAUGCAAGUGAAAUCCAAAAGCUUCAAGCAGAGUUGGAGAAGAACAAAGGCCAAGCCCAGAAUAAGCAAGCCAUGGAGAAACACAAACAAGAUGCUGCGAGCAUCCAAAAGCUUCAGAAUGACCUGGUUGCUCAGAAGCAGCAGUGUGAGACAGAGAAGAAGAAGAUCAGCGGUGAUGGGGCAAAAGUGGCCGCCGAGUGCCAAGCCAGAAGCAAAUCAGCUGAAGCGGAGCUGCAAAAGAUACAAGCUGACAUGAAGAAGAGGCAGGCGGAGAAGGAGCUUUGCGGAGCAAUGAACCGGACUUCAGAUGAGCUGCAGAAAGAGCUGAAGACACUUCUGCAAAUGGGACCUGCUGGACGUUGA